AGAGACAAAAAUUUCACAAGUCGAGUUUUUGUGUUAAGAAAAUCACGAAUAUUUAGGAAUUUAGAGAUAAAUUAGCAAAAAUGGCACAAUUAGGACGUCAAAUAAUAAGAAAUCUAGCGAGAAAUGGAUUGAAUGUGAGGAGUCAAAGACCGGUUUUGAGUUGCCAGUUUUUGAAGCAAAACAUCAAUAAAAGUACAAAUUAUGGACAAAUUAGGAGCUAUUCGGGUGCUUAUGACUGCGAUGGGAAGACAACCAUGUCAUUGCUGAAUGCAGAUCACGAAUACGGACUCAUGGUUGAUUCGUACAGUCAACUUGGGUUUCGGUUGAACAACAGGGUUUUCGUUUUGGGUCCCAUGGCGAUUUUUCCAAAGACAGUUUUAUCAUGGGACGUCGCAUCGAAGGACGACAUCGACGAAAACAGCUUACGACUCAUCGCCCUGUUAGAACCCAAAAUCGACAUUUUAAUUUUAGGCAUCGGAGAUGCUGAAGUCGACCCCAAUUUCAUGAAAAAAAUCCUCGCCUUCAUGAAAAAAUACAAAAUUAACGUCGAAGUACUGCGCACGGAACAGGCCUGCUCAACUUUCAACUUCCUGAAUGCCGAAAGUCGCAUGGUAGCUGCCCUGCUAAUACCGCCCAUGCAUAUGCGCGUCAACGAAGACGAGCUGUACGGAGUUGGCGACGCCUUAAAACUCCGCGAUGACGAUCCCUUUGUCGAAGCCUUACCAAGUAGAAAAUAAAAAUUCUCACCUGAUUCAA